AUGCCUUCGGUCGACGCCUUGAUUGUUGGUGCCGGCUUUGCCGGAAUCUACCAGCUCUACAAACUCCGCGAACUGGGACUCUCCGUCAAGCUGGUCGAAAAGGGUGCCGACGUUGGUGGUACAUGGUACUGGAGCAAAUAUCCCGGGGCCAACAGCGACUCUCUCAGCGAAGUGUACAGAUACAGCUUCGACAAGGAGCUGCUGGUAACAUACCCAUGGCCGAACCACUACGUCUCCCAAAAGGAGAUCCAGGACUACCUGAAGCACGUCGUGAAGCGCCAUGAUUUGAGGAAGCACAUGCAGUUCGGCACUGAGCUGGAGUCCGCCUCGUUCGACAGCGCUACGUCUACGUGGACAGCUCGCUUCUCCUCCGGCGAGACUGUCGAGACCAGAUAUCUGCUUACUGCUCUGGGAACUUGGUCCAAGGUCAACUACCCUGACAUUCCGGGCCUUGAGACGUUUGCUGGCGAAAAGUAUCACACUGGAAACUGGCCCGAUAAGUACGACUUCAAGAACAAGAGAGUAGGUGUCAUUGGAAGCGGCUCCACGGGGGUGCAAAUCACAAUUGCGCUCGAGGACCAGGUGAAGGAGCUCGUAUCCUUCCAACGCACGCCACAGUACGUGGUCCCCAACGGAGACAAGCCCGUCACGGCCGAGUUCAGAGACAAGAUCAACAAGAACUACGACCAGAUCUGGGACGGCGUCUUCAACAGCUAUGCUGCGCAUAACGUCAAGGAGAGCACCAUCCCUGCCAUGAGCGUCAGCGCAGAAGAGCGCGAGCGAGUGUUUGAGGACCUCUGGCAGCAAGGAAACGGAUUCCGGUUCAUGUUCUCCUUUUCUGAUCUCAUAGUCAGCGAAGAGGCGAAUGAGGAAGCCUGCAAGUUUAUCCGCAAGAAGGUUGCGCAGAUUGUGCAUGAUCCUGUCAAGGCUCGGAAGCUUUCUCCGAGGGGAUACUAUGCUAGACGACCCAUUACUGCGCCGGGGUAUUACGAGACGUUCAACAAAGAGCACGUGGACGUUGUUGAUCUGCGAGAGGACCCCAUUGUGGAGAUCACCGAGAAAGGCAUCCGCACGAGUGACAGGCUGCACGAGCUGGAUGUCAUUGUCUUCGCGACUGGCUUUGAGGUUGCUGAUGGCAACUACCUCAAUCUCACCAUCAGCGGGCCUCGGCAGUCUCUCAAGGAGCAUUGGGCGGAUGUGACGACUUCUUACCUGGGAGUGUCCGAAGCAGGAUUCCCCAACUGGUUUCUCGUCGUGGGACCACAAUCCCCGUUCAACAACUUUCCGCCUACCAUUGAGACGCAGGUCAACUUCAUCACGGGCUUGAUAGCCAAGGCCGAGGCGAAGAGGAGGGAAGACGGAUCGGAUAAGCCAGUCCUCAUCGAGGCUACUCAGCAAGCGGAGGAUGAGUACAUGGAUCUGUGUCGCGACAUUCCGAGCAAGAACUUGUUUCGGAAGGGGAAAUCGUAUAUUUUUGGUGAGAAUAUUGCAGGAAAGAAGCCGCAGAUUUUGUUUUGGGUGGGAGGUUUGGCGAACUAUCGAAAGGUGCUUCAAGAUGCGGUGGACAACGGCUAUCGCGGAUUCUCAUUCGCGUAUUAG